AUGGAGGAUUUAAACUCAUCUACGAGGAGGAGAAACCGUGCUACUAAAGUUUGCGAUUUUUGCAAGAAACGCAAGAUAAAAUGCGAUCUUGGUAACCCAUGUAGUGCUUGUACAAAGUAUAAGAAUGCAAACUGUACUUACACAGAGCAUACUAAACGUAAUUCUCCCACAGAAAGCAACAAGAGACAAAAGCUUGACAAUCCAGCCGAUUUCUCGGGUCUACAGAACGAAUUGAGCUAUCUAAAGCAGAAAAUUAAGAGCCUUGAGGAUUCAGUUAAAGGUGUGCCAUUUCCUUCUGAAGAUAUUGAUAGUGAUGCUAUCUAUGCAUCGUCUGAUAAUGAUGCUGGCAUUAAUACAGAAAAAGGAAGAUAUGCUGAAGCAGAUGAAUAUUUUGGGCACAAUCCAAGACCAUCGCCAAACGAAAUGAUAAACUUGUACGAAGGAUAUGUUGCAAUAAGUAACAAAGAACCUAUACAGAGAGUCCACUUUGGUCCUUUGUCAGCUUUGAGUUUGAUGAAGAUGGAUUCGGCUAUGUCCCACAUUAUUGAAUAUGCUAAUUCAAAGAAACAAAUCUAUAAAGAGAGAAAGAAAGUUUUCGGACUUUCCAAGGAUAAGUCUCCUAAUAAUGAUGAAGGUACUGACAAAGACUUUCAAGAGAAAGUAAGAAAUGAGUAUACUAACUCUGAGGAAUACACAGAUCAAAAGUUGACUGAAAAUUGCAAAAAUCGUGCAAAAUCUGCAUUCAAUGAGAAAGGAAUCUCGGUCGGCCUCAUGCUAUAUGAGGGCGAACUUGAUAGAGAAUGGGUUCUUGUGAAAAAAAUUCAAUUAGUGCUCCCUGCAAGGCCAAUAAUUUGGAAGCUUUUUAGCCGUUUCUUUACUCAUUUGUAUCCAUUCGUCCCAGUUAUCGAUGAGUGCGACAUGAAAAAAGAAAUAGAGAGAUUGAUAGGAAAAGAAGGUGACUUGGGUGAAAUAAAAAUUAUUUUGGAAAAAAAGUUGGACUUUGCAUACUUAGGGCUUCUAUUAAUCAUACUUCGAUCAUCAUAUUUAACCUUAUUCACAAAUGUCAAUUCGAUUAACAUGGCUAAUUUACUGUCACAGGAUCCAUCUCCUGAAGUCCAGGAUAUCAAAUUAAUGUUGAACAAUCCGAUCAAUAUUGACGCUAUUGAGGUAGCACGCCACUGUCUUCAUCAAUUUAAUUUGCUGAAAAACAUCAAUAUUACCAUAUUCCAAUUAACUAUUUUUUUGAGGCUUUAUCAUAAAAUAUCUCCUGAAGAUGGCGAUGGCCCUGGUGAUGAUUAUUCAACGUUUAAUGCCUUACUUGUUCAAAUGGCUUACUUAAUGGGUUUAAAUAGAGAUCCCGAUAAUUUUCGAGAACAGUUUCCAGAUCAGAAAAUGAAUAAUUUGAGCAGAAAGAUGUGGUACAUACUAUUAGUUCUCGAUUUGGAAGCAGGAACAUCAACUGGUUUGCCGUCUCUCAUAGGUCCAGAUUCUUUUGACACGAAACUUCCAUACUAUGAAGAGGGUAAUGAAAAUACCUGCUGCAAUGAAGAAGAGAAAGUUAUAACUGCAACUUUUAAGAAUUUUGAAAAAAUAUAUGAGCCAUUGUGUCGCCUAAUGCAAAUGAUAUCGAAUGUCAGAUCGCCCAUUUCUGUGAACGAUCUAGUUAGUGCUUUAGAUAUCUUAGAGUAUCAUUUCAUGCAAGAGCUUGCAGCUUUGAGAAACCUGAUUUAUCCAAAUAACAUAGAUUUUUCAGAGAUAUUUUACAAGACAUCUAGAAUGAAGCUUUAUUUUGAAGUUGAUUCGUUUCUAUUAUCAAUUUUCUUUCACUUAUUCAACUAUUAUGAGAAGAAGAAAAAUACGGAGCUCGCAUUUUUCUACUUUAAAAAGUUGCUUGUUGUGACUGUUUGUGAUUUAAUGCCUUUUCAUCACGAAUUGGUAGAAUAUGGACAAGCUAUUUUCGAACGUGGUACCGAUUUGGUUGUCAUUCCUGCAUUCGAGCUUGCUGUUCACAAGUCAUUCCUGAUAAUAAAUAGCUUAUUUAUAAGAAUUCGGUUCCAACUCACAGAAAUGGAACUGAGUCAGUCUCAUGCAUUGAAGCUUAGAGAAGACAAAAUUUACGAACUGGUUUUCGUAAAGUUGUCUCAAGUAUCAGAUCUAAUGAUGGAAUGUCAUCGAGUGAUAUUGGAAUUUGUUUCUAGAUUGAGCCAUAGAUAUUAUUUUGCUUGGAAAAUAAACAAGGGCCAGUCUUUUGCAAUAAAGAUCAUGAAUUCUGAGGAGUUUUAUUUUCAGAUGAAAGACGAAAUUCGUGGAAAAUGUUUACAGCUCAAUAGCUCAAUGCUUGAUGAGCUACUAACAAUACUAAACUCUUCCAUACAUAAAUUGAAAUCAAAAAGAUCCUGGCAUUCAAAAAAGCGAGUCUCACGUUCAGAUACAGAAAGAAGUACAUCAUCAGCCACCUCGACAUAUAGUAACAUAGGCGAUGGAGAUUCUAUGAAAGAGAUGGCGCCCGAGAAUGUAUCCAUGACACAAAUUGACGACAUGUGGCUUCAGAUGAUGAGCUUUAAGAGUGGAGUUCUGGAUAUAAGACUCGAAAAUGAUUUCGGUUUUGGUCCGUUAAAUGGAACAGCGGGAGCAUUAAAUGGUGACUUUACUGAAGGUGAGUUGAAUUUUGAGUCUAAUGGAGAUGCAUUUUAUGGUUUCCUGUUAGAUGACUUAAUGAAGCAAUAA